GCUGAAAUUGGGUUAUGGGAAAGCUCACAUGAUGAGGUACUACCUACGUGUACCAUCAGUUUAACUGAACCCCAGCCCUUGUCAUUCACUCGUUCGUUGCCAUCGUCCAUAUGUGCCGGCCAUUCUGCCAUUCCAGGUUCCAUCAAUCGAGAGUUUGUUCUCCCUUUGACCAUAGUUUUUCGCUUCCUAGACAAAAUCUUGGACCAAUCCUCCUCCCUUCUUUCAAAAGACCAUUGCGCCUCUCCUCUAUUGCGCAUACAUUGCCCAUCCCUCGACGAUUGUCAACGGGUGAUCGGAUCGCCAACGUCUCAUUUUGUUAAAAGCGUUUAAUUUCGGCGCUUUCCUAACUCGUCAGGGAAAGUCACAUUCGUCAACUCGAUCCUACAACUCUUCCUCCUAAACAACAUUCCGCUUGUUAACGUUUUCAACAUCAUCGCCGAGACUUGCUCCUGGAGAGCGCAUUGGCAGAGCAAAGACAAAGAAUUACCCAGCAACGAGGGCUCAGCAAUCUCGCAUUUCGAUUGGCAUCUCUCCCACAUUCUGAUUUCGAACUGACCCGAGACCCGAACACAUCACCGAAGAAAAUAACGGCAUUCCUUUCUACGGGCGCGACAUCGAGUGGACGACACGACUAUAAGGCCCUUAAGGCGGUCUGGCUAGGGGCGAAACGCGAGUGCAAGUUGAGAAGAAAUCAAGCAAUCGAGUAAUCAUGGCUUUCAACAAUUACAGGGUGAGACAGGAGGCGCAUCGCGUGAGCCGCGACAGCAACUCGAUCAUGAACCCUUGGCGAAACAAGAGAAGCUCAACAUGGGAUGUGCCCGAGUCACAACGCUACUCUCAGCCGCCGAUGGCGCACGAAGGACUUGAUGAUGCACUGCCCAUCAAACACUCAGUAACGGCACCAUCACGAACAUCAAACGGCUACGACAGUGCAAAUGGGGAGCCCUCCUACAACCCCAAGAACAUCGAGAUGCAGGACAUGGAGCCCGCCAGCCAGAUGACUGGGCUCACAGGGGACACAAAUGUGGAAUCGGCACAGGCUUCUGCGGGUUCCGCACAUCAACGUGACGGCAGCCUUGGUCUUGUGCGCAAGAGGACAGUAGGCGUCAAUGAUUCGCGGACCGAACUGAACGGCGCAGGACAAAAGGUGGCCGAGGAGGAAAAGAAGAAGAAGCAGAGGACUUUCUUCAAGCACCUCCAACCCAAGGAGCCGUUCACCGUGGGGAAUCAAAUUCGACGCACACUUUUGAACUCGUGGCUCAACGUUCUACUCGUCGCGGCGCCGAUAGGUAUCGCGAUCAACUAUGUCGAGGCGGUACCCCGCGUUGCGGUCUUCGUUGUCAAUUUCAUUGCCAUCAUUCCUCUUGCGGCAAUGCUGGGUUUUGCGACGGAGGAAAUUGCAUUGAGAACGGGCGAAGUAAUGGGCGGACUUUUGAAUGCCAGUUUUGGUAAUGCUGUUGAGUUGAUUGUGGCGGUUAUUGCUUUGACGCACGACGAGAUCGUCGUCGUACAGACUUCGCUCAUUGGCAGUAUCCUGUCCAACCUUCUUCUGGUCAUGGGAAUGUGCUUCUUCUGCGGUGGUCUCAACAGACAGGAACAGUAUUUCAACACGACCGUUGCCCAAACAGCGGCGAGUUUGCUUGCGCUUGCCGUCGCCAGUGUCAUUGUACCCACGGUCUUUGAUAUGGCUGCGGAUACCCCGCCCGAAAAGGUGGCGCAGAUUUCACGCGGCGUCUCCAUCAUUCUGCUUUUCGUUUACGGUGGUUAUCUUUUGUUCCAGCUAAAGACCCACUCCUCCGUCUUCGCCGAAGAGAGUCAGAAGGUCGCAGCCAAGCCUUUCAACUUCCGAGGCGGCCAUGAUCUCAAGGACGGUGCCAUUGCCCAGGGCUUGGUAGGCCCUGCUGGUAUGGUAGGAGGCCACGCGGUUCCUACGCAGGACAACAACGAGAACAUCCGCCACCACCUGGACACCGCGCCCCAUCAGGAGGAGGAGGACGAGGAGGAGGAGGGCGAGGAACCGCAGCUGCACUUCAUUGUCGCCGUUGCCACCCUGGUCAUCUGUACCGUGAUCAUCGCGUUUUGCGCCGAGUACAUGGUUGACGGCAUCAGUGCCAUUACCGACGGAGACAAGGUCAGCAAAGAAUUCGUUGGCCUGAUUCUGCUGCCCAUCGUCGGAAAUGCCGCCGAGCACGCCACUGCUGUUACGGUGGCCAUCAAGGACAAGAUGGAUCUGGCCAUUGGUGUGGCCGUUGGUUCCAGCAUGCAGGUCGCCUUGUUCGUCAUCCCUCUGCUCGUUAUUAUCGGCUGGGGAAUGGGCAUCGAGGACAUGUCGCUCAGCUUCGACACGUUUCAGGUGGCGGUCAUGUUUGUUUCGGUGCUGCUGGUUAACUACCUCAUUGCAGACGGAAAGAGCCACUGGCUCGAGGGAAUGCUGCUUAUCUGUCUGUAUCUCAUCGUGGCUGUCUGCGCUUGGUUUUACCCGAAUGGCCCCUAGUAAAUCUAAACCACAGCCCAAAACAACUUGAUGAAGAUGGAAACGAUGCCCGAUUUCGAUUAGAUACAUAUUAUACGUUUGAGAAGAAUGACACGUUAUUCCAGUUGGCACGUCGUCUUUUUUUCUCGCUUAUUAUGACACAACAUUCCUUAGCUAGCACGCACCAGAUUUCUAUUACAAAGAGCAAGCAGGCAGCCCAAUCACACCAUCCUACACAACGUACAUAUUUUAGAAUAGAUAUCGUCAAUUUUCAUGAUGGGUAAUUAGGCCACACUAAUAGACUGAUGAGCAUCCAUCCAUCAGAAGGCAGGGAAUGGGAAAGGAGAAAUACUCCAUCGAAUGGGAUAGACAAUAAGGAACAUCGUAGGAAAAACGGAGAGACGAGAAUCGAACAUGGAGGGAAUAGCAUGAACGAAGAUACGUUGUCAUUUUCAUUGGAAGAUAUAAACCCCUGAUCAAUGACAAACUUUCAG